ACUAACUACUGCGAAAGCAUUUGCCAAGGAUAUAUUCAUUAAUCAAGAACGAAAAUUAGGGGAUCAAAGACGAUUAGAUAACGUCGUAGUCUUAACUAUAAACCAUGCCAACCAGGGAUCGGACAAUGUUGAUUUUUUAAUGAGUCGUUUGGCGCCUUACGGGAAACCAAAGUGUUUGGGUAACGGGGA